CCCCCUUGAGAAAGUUCACGUUCCAGGAAGGGAAAUGACAAGACUUACUCUUUGGAAAUUGUGCUGAAUUCGGGCCUGAAUUAAUGCAAAUUUGGUCGUUAUUAGAUAUUCCUUUGAAGCAGUAACUUGGUUUUCCGUGAACAACACUGUAACUAUCUAAUUCGUAGAGCAUGGAAUGCAGAAAGGUACAUAUUCUGCCCACAGAAGAAAUUCCUGCAGCGGUCUGUUCUUUUGUAGCAGAAAGCAGCCGAAGUGCUAUCGCAGCUAGAGGUGCUUUCUACCUGGGAGUUUCGGGAGGAAGUGUGGCGAAGUUCUUGGGAGACGGACUGCCUGGAAUUGGUGACCUGCAGUGGGAUAAAUGGCACAUCUAUUUCUGCGACGAGAGACUGGUUGCAUUUGAUCACGCAGACAGUACAUACAGAAUAUAUAAGGAAAAGUUGAUCGGAAAGACUAGUCUACCUGAAAGUCAGUUGUAUGCUGUCAAACCUGAACUGCCUGUGGAUGAAGCAGCCAAGGACUACGCAGAGAUGAUCAAGAAAGUUCCAUCUGCAGAAGGAUCCCCUUGGCCUGUAUUUGAUCUUCUUGUGUUAGGCAUGGGCCCAGAUGGACAUACAUGUUCACUAUUUCCUGGUCACAAAGUUCUUGAGGAAACAGAAUUAGUAGCUGCCCCGGUCACUGAUUCUCCCAAGCCCCCUCCUUGCCGUGUAACUUUGACCUAUCCAGUCAUCAAUGCAGCCAGAAGUGCCAUGUAUGCAUCCGCUGGGGCCGGCAAGGCAGCGAUACUUCAAAGAGUUCUUGAAGGCAAUGAAGAUCCCCCUCUGCCUGCUUCAAGGGUAAAGCUAGCGAAUGGAGUUGUACACUGGUUUAUAGACCAACCAGCUGCAGCAGAGCUAAAGGCAUCAUAUUGAAAAUGAAAGUAGUUCUUGGGGUGUUUUAUGGAGCUGUUUGUAAGUCAUGCUUGGCUUUUCAAAUGACUGGCAUAUAUGAAGUGAUUAGAAGCCCAAAGUUUUUCACGAUACAUUAUAAAUAGUGUAGGGUAUCUUGAGAUAUCUGUGCCUAACUUGUGGGUAACUUAACAAAUUCAUAAAACAGCCCCAAUGAUUAUCAGAUUGUUGAUGCCAUUGGUAAAUCCAAAAUAAGCUUUCACCAAGGACCAAGAUUCAGUACAGUGGUUCUGGUUAGAAGUCACUUUUAGUUCUGAACACAAGCUACUGAGCUUCUAUGUUUAUGUAGUCCGUCUUUAGCCCUUGAGGUAAACAUGAAGAAAAAUGGAGUACUAAUAGUGGAUUGAAAAUACUAAUGGGGUGAUAUAGUUCCCUUUUGUAAUUGUAAAACAUUAUAUGUCAAAUGCUAGGAAUCCUCAAGCUUCUUGUAAACAUGAAAAAGAAAAUGAGUCAACCAGAGAAUAAUACUCAUAAAUUAAGGUGUAACAUUGAGGGAUGUAAAAGAGAGAUAGAUUAACAGGUAAUUGGAACUUUUUAUUCAUAGUUUCCCAUAGACUUAAAGAACUGCUUAUUGAAUUGUAUAAUUUGUGUUACAGGGCACUUAACUUUCAAUUAUCAUUGUAUUUUUGGAUGGAUGCUUCAACCAAGGACCCUAGGAAGCAGUUUUAUCAAUGGUUUUCUCAUGGAUAGGUUUUGUUAUGGUGAUCAGUACUACUGUAUGCAUGUGAUAGCCAGUCUGGUGAUAGCUGAAAGCUGUUUUCACUUAUUUUGAUUUGUAAUACUGGACAGUUAUAUAGCGCCAUCUAUCUCAACAUAAUAUUUUAUUUUGAGAAGCACAAGAAAAAUAGAAAGCAGAGGCCUGUAUUCUGAAGUCAGGCUUAAUUUUAACUCGGGUUAAAAGUUGUGGUUUAAGUAUGGAUAGCUAAUUGUUACAUAAAUCACUAACAGUAGAGAUAUAAUAUUUCAGCUCAUUUGGCUCUCAAUUCAUUCACAAUUGUCUAGGAGUAUCUAUAGAUAAUUGUCUUCACCAUCUAUGAAUCAGGAAAGAGCACAGUAUACAUAAGAAACAUACAAUUUAAUAACAGCUUUGACACUUUAAGCUUCCAAUAACUUUAGCAGAGUUGGACCAAGGUCUUAGAAGUUAAACCUGACUUCAGAAUACGGAUCAGGGAGUUUGGAUAAGUGUCAUAGUGCUAAGUAUUGUUCAUGUAAAAAGAAAAAACUUCAGUUGGAUUUGACCUUUUUAAUGAUGAUAAGAGCCACUUGCAAGAUUAUAGAUCUAGUAGCUAUCCACUAGUGCUUUGGUUGGAUAUUUUGUUCAUUUUGGUGGGUGUCCCUAGGGAUCAUUUUGUGAAAGGACCUGUCAAAUGCUUCAUCUGACAAAUCCUGUUUUAUCAGACAGUAACCAUGGAGUGUAUCUCAGACAAUCAAGAAGAAGAAAUUGUCAGAUCUGACAACUUGUCUGGUGAAAAUGUUGAAACACUCCCCUGGUACCAGCCUCUCAAAAUUUCCUGAUUGUAUAACCAGAAGUUUCUUCCAUGAUCUAAUCAUAUGCAAACACAAGUAUCAUGAUGUAAAUAAAGUGUACAAUAAGAUGUUAAAAUUUAUGUCAGAUAUGAAUUUUAAUAUAUUUUGAUAAAAUAUACAUGUAUGUACAGCGUACAGGAAGAAAACUCGUUUGCAAUAUUGGGCAAGCUUUGAAUUGAAAAUUGCUUUAUUAGGUUGUUUUGUUUGUACAUGUGCUUUUUGUAACAAUUGUUAAACAAAUUGGCUUGAUUAAAGAAGAUAGAGCUUCUA